GCAGUAUACCCAAAUGACUUAGUGGAUGUUUGCUAAUAUAGUGGAAUGAAAAAUUAGUACAGUGCAGAAUGGCCCUCUCGUGGAUAAAAGGGCCUAUAUUCCACCAUCACAGCAUGUGUCAGAUCUUUCACUAAACCUAAGCAGAGAGACAGAUCGAGGAAGAGAUUGAGGUAGAGUGAGGGAGUGAUGCAGUGUGGAAUCUCUUUUAUGUUCCACAUCAAAGAUGUGUAGACCUGUAGGUAUGCCUAUAGAAUGCACACCUUUAUAAUUUAUCUAAUGAUUGCUGGUGCCCUUCAUCUCCUCUUUUUAGGAAAACAUCCGGUGAGCAAAAGUUCUGAUAGAGGUCAGAAGAGAAUGCCAGACUGGCUCAAGUUAACAAGAAGUCUACAGUAACUCAAAUAGUCACUUUUUACAACCAUGGUGUGCAGAAAAGAAUCUCAGUCAGCCAAGAACAGGAAUCUUAGGAUACAGUGGGUAUAGGCUCACCAAUGCUGAACAACUGAAGAUUGGAUAAAGGCCAGGCAACAUUUUUUCAAUCGUCAACGGUCCAGUUUUGCUACCAUUAAAACGACUGAAUUUAACAUAUGGGGAUUUAAAGAUAGCUGGCUAGCUCACUACCCUUAUACUCUGUGAAGCUGUAAUUCUUUCUAGAGCUUGAUAAUAUAUGAAGAAUUUGAGAUGCUUUAUGACAUAUGCAUGGAAGUCUGGGAAAUUGUGUCAGAUGUUGCUGUGGCUGAAUUCUGUCAAACAGCCAAAACAUGCUUAUAGCAUAUGUUAAAUCUCUCAAAUUUCAGAAAUCAUAAACAACAAAAUGAUGUAGAAAUGUUUUCACUUACUCUUUAGUCAUGCCUAGGCUAUCUGUUUGCAAGAAUCAUGUUAGGUAAGGAGCCGGAUUAACAAACACAGUGGUAAAAACAGUCAUAAAGUCCACAUAAAGAUGACUAAAUCCUUGCUACAGUAGCGAAGUGUGAUUUCCUCACACAGUGUAUGGUUUGCUUUGAUCAAGUUAUUGGAUUACCAUCGAGAAAUGGUCAUAAGAAUAAACAAAUCAUUUUGUAAUAUUUACAAUUGCAUUUUAAAUGCAUUUUUCUCUCUUUUCACAUAAACAUUUUUUCAAACUUGUGAUUGAGAUACAUGGAAAAGAGAAACAUAUUUCAGUUCAGGAAAACCAGGCCCCUGCACAUACGUAUUUAAAAAAACCGAGUUAAAUCUGACCCAAAGUCCGAUUGACUGUGAUAAUGAUAAUAACAAAAAUAUGCAGUGUAGUUUUAAAUAAAUGACAUUAAACUACAGCAGCAAUCCUACUAUUAGCUUAUUUAGUUACGGAUUAUACUAUUAAUAUAUAAAAGAAUCUCUUGGGAUGUUUGCUCUUGGUAUUCAGUGGUUCUUCAAGACAACAAGGAAAAUGCAUUUUUAGGUGAUUUUCAUCUGAUUUUAAAAAGCAUUCUGCUUUGUUAUAUACUCUUUAGCAUUUUUCAGUGUCUUUGUUCUCUUUCUCUCUCAUCUUCUAUUAUCUCCAUUGUCCUCUCCUUCUUGUUUAUAUUCGUAUUUCCUCUCAGUCUGAGUCUGGAGGUGGUUGAUAAGCUGUGAAAAGACGUUAGUUUUGUUUCUGACAGGUGUCUGGGAACUCCAUUCCCACUAUAGACCAGAGUGAGACAAAGUUAUUUUACCUGUGGAUUGGAAUUGCUACAGGUCAGCAGAGGAGUGCAAGUACUACAUUAAUUCAAGCAGUAAAGAAACAACGUGGGAAAUGCCAUCUACUUUAGCUACAAAGACUACCUACACACACAAAACCUCAGUAAAUGAAUCACAGUCUACUGACAUUCCUGCGAAGCGACUGGAGAAGGUAGACAGGAUGGUGCGGAAAGCCAGAGUGAACAGCCAGAGCCCCGGGUCCCUCUCACCAGCCAGGAGACAGAACAAGGAGAAGGAAAUCAAGGAGACCAAAACCACAAUCAACUUCGUCACAUUCCCAUUGGCACAGUCUACGCCUGAGCAGCAACUCCUCAAACCCAAUGAGUGGAGCUACUGUGACUAUUUUUGGGCCGAUAAGAAGGACCCUCAGGGGACGACCACGGUAUCGGGCUUCGAGGUUCUACUGCAGAAACAGCUGAAGGGCAAACAGAUGCAGAAAGAGAUGGCUGAAUUCAUUAGGGAAAGAAUAAAGAUUGAAGAAGAGUACGCCAAGAACCUCUCCAAGCUUUCCCAGAUCCCGCUUGCUGCUCAAGAAGAGGGGACACUUGGAGAGGCUUGGGGCCAGCUAAAGAAGAGUUUGGCUGAUGAAGCAGAGGUACAUCUCAAAUUCUCUUCAAAGCUUCAGUGCGAGGUGGAGAAGCCACUGCUAACGUUCAGGGGGGACAAUUUCAAGAAGGACAUGAAGAAAUAUGACCACCACAUUGCUGACCUGAGGAAACAGCUGGUCAGUCGUUAUGCUGCCGUAGAGAAGGCCCGUAAGGCUCUGGCAGAUAGGCAGAAGGACCUGGAGGUGAAGACGCAGCAACUGGAGAUCAAACUGAGCAACAAGACUGAAGAGGACAUCAAGAAGGCUCGACGGAAAUCCACUCAAGCAGGUGAUGACCUGAUGCGAUGUGUGGAUCUCUACAAUCAAGCCCAAUCUAAGUGGUUUGAAGAGAUGGUCACAACAAGUUUGGAGUUGGAAAGGCUUGAGGUGGAGAGGGUGGAGAUGAUACAGCAGCACCUGCUCCAGUACACAACUCUACGUCGCGAGACAGACAUGUUCAACCAAAGUACCCUGGAGCCGGUGGACCAGCUUCUUCAGAGUGUGGAUCCAGCCAAAGACAGAGAGCUGUGGGUGCGGGAGCACAAGACAGGGGAUCUGAGACCUGCGGACAUGGACAUUUAGAGGACACUAACCUUAUAAUAGAAGACAACCACAUCUACAUCUACACACACACACACACACACACACACACACACACACACACACACACA